AUGUCUGCAGAGGGCGCCGUGUCCAUGGGGGACCUGGAAUUCGGCAGCGGGAAGGAGCCGAGAGUGGAAGGCAGGGGGCACACGUGGUGGCACGAGCGCUUGGUGCAGCCCUGCCUGGUAGAGCUGCUGGGCUCUGCCCUCUUUGUCUUCAUCGGCUGCCUGUCGGUGAUCGGGAACGGGCCGGAAGCCGGGCUGCUGCCGCCGGCGCUGGCCCACGGGCUGGCGCUGGGCCUCCUGGUCGCCACGCUGGGCAACGUCAGCGGUGGACACUUCAAUCCUGCCGUGUCCCUGGCGGCCAUGCUGGUUGGAGGCCUCAACCUGACGGUGCUGCUUCCCUACUGUGUGUCCCAGCUGUGCGGGGGGCUGCUCGGGGCCUCCCUGGCCAAGGCGGUGAGUCCCGGCGACAGGUUCUGGAACGCGUCCGGGGCUGCCUUUGUGACGGUGCAGGAGCCGGGGCAGGUGGCGGGGGCCGUGCUGGCAGAGGUCAUCCUGACCGCCCUGCUGGUCCUGGCGGUCUGCAUGGGCGCCAUCAACGAGAAGACGCGGGGCCCACUGGCCCCAUUCUCCAUCGGGUUCUCCGUCACCGUGGACAUCCUGGCAGGGGGCGCCGUGUCGGGAGCCUGCAUGAACCCUGCCCGGGCCUUUGGGCCGGCGGUGCUGGCCAACCACUGGGCCUUCCACUGGAUCUACUGGCUGGGCCCGCUGCUGGGCAGCCUGCUGGCCGGAGCGCUCGUCAGGUUCUUCAUUGGAGACGGGAAAACUCGGCUCAUCCUAAAGGAACGCUGA